AUGUUUUCAUCUGGAUUUGGGUCUUCGGGGUUUGGGUCUUCAGGAUUUGGGUCAUCAAGAUAUACGUCUUCUCCAUAUGGUAGUUCUAUGAAAUUUAGUGGAAUAAUGCCUUUUGGAGGGGCUUCCGGAUUUUGUUGCCCACAAGUUUGUUGUAAUCCAUGUGCACUACUUUGUUGUCAACCAACAAAACGUACUAGUACUACUGUUAGAAAUAGAAAUAGAAAUACAUUUGAAGAUGAUUUAAUACCUAUUGUGGAGGAUUAUGGUGAUUAUGGCGAUUAUGUAUAUGUUUAG